GUCUUGACGAUUCUACUAUCUCCACUCAAUUUUUGGAUCAUCAGUUUAUUGGCUAAAUAUUCUAAAGCAAUGCUAACACUGAAAGACGAACGUUUCCGGGUGAUGAACGAACUGAUUAGUGGCAUGAGAAUAUUAAAGCUCUAUGGCUGGGAGUUGGGCUUUGAAGAUAUCAUCAACCAAAUUCGCGUAAAAGAAAUACAAAUGAUUCGCAGAACUCAAGCAGCAAUGGUGGCUCUAAUAGUCGAGUUUAAACUAGCACCAUUUCUCAUGUCGGUAGCUGCAUUUUACUGUUACGUUCUCAUCAAUCCGACGCACAUAUUAACCGCAAGAACGGCGUUCGUUGGCAUCAGCGUUAUUUCCGAUUUGGGAAUGGCAUUUGCUUUGGUGCCACAGAUCUUCUCGGGAGUCUUCCAGAGUCUUGUAAGCGUUGGUCGAAUGAACUCCUUUCUCAAUUCAGACGAAAUUGACCCGUACAUUAACCGCGAACCGGAUAAAUUGGCGUCUAGUGACUUAUGCCUGUCGAUAAAGAAUGGUUAUUUUGCUUGGGUUAAAUCGUCGGCAGAAGAGGAUCAAAAAACAAAUUUAACAGCAGCAGAUGGAGAUCAGAAAAAACCGAUACAUAAGAAGCGUUUUGUUCUUCGUAACAUAAACAUAUCGGUGAAGAAAGGCCAUCUUCUUAUCAUUAUUGGUCCCGUUGGGUCCGGCAAGAGUACGCUGCUUUACGCACUACUGGGACAAUUAAUUAAACUCAAUGGAGAAGUAACAGUUAUUGGUAAGGUUGCUUACGUCCCUCAACAAGCGUGGAUCCUAAAUGCGAGUAUUCGGAAGAAUAUACUUUUUACAAAGCCGUUUAAGAACAAGAAGUACGAGGAAGUCCUCAAGGCCUGCGCUCUGACCUACGACCUAAACGUUUUACCUGCAGGCGACGAAACUGAGAUCGGUGAAAAAGGCAUUAAUUUAUCAGGUGGUCAAAAGCAGCGAAUUUCGAUCGCACGUGCCUGCUACGCCUCCGCGGAUGUCUAUUUUUUUGAUGAUCCUUUGAGCGCUGUUGACGUUCAUGUUGGCUCACAUCUUUUUAAACAUGUCAUAGGACAUAAAGGCCUACUCGCAGAUCGUACUAGAAUACUAGUCACUCACAACGUAUCAUACUUACCAUAUGCGGACCGUGUCAUCGUACUUAAAGAUGGAAUGGUGGCAGAACAAGGAACGUACAAUGAACUCGUGAGAGAAAGUCAGGUGUUUGCGGAACUUGUGAAUCAGCUGAAGGCUCAACAAGAUAAAGAAAGUCCCGGACAAACAAGGAAAAAGGCAGACGAAAAUCAAGACAAAGUUAAGAACACAGAUAAGUUUAAACAAAACGCACAACUCAUCGAGGAUGAGGACAUGAGACUCGGUGCGGUAGACUGGCAUGUGUACGCUGCGUAUCUGGAUGCUAUAGGAUAUAAGUGGCCGAUAAUGAUCCUAUUUUUCUCCUUGAUGUCAGUUUGGUUCUCCAUUAAAGCUAGAGAUUGGCUCUCAGUAUGGUCGGGUGACGUCCCAGGAUCAGACGGCAAAAUAAGCGAAACGAUGCGGGAUUAUCGUAUACUGAUAUAUUGUGUACUGGGAUUUGGAAAUGCAGUAGCACUUAUGCUAUCACUAACGGCUCGUAACUAUGCGUCGAUUGAAGCUGCGGCAUUAAUACAUAUGAAUGUUCUAUAUUGUAUCUUGCGUGCUCCGGUGAGUUUCUUCGAGACCACACCAACUGGCCGGAUUGUAAACCGGUUCUCAAGAGACAUCGCCAUUGUUGACGUAAUUGCCGCCGAAACGUUGCAUAUGUGGAUGUUUGCGGUUUUUCAGCUAUGCGGGACACUUCUAGCCAUCACGAUUGAGAUCCCCAUCUUUUUCGCGGCGGCGGCACCCCUUUCCAUCCUGUAUUACGGCUUUCAAAUGCUGUACUUGAGUCUGUCUCGGCAGCUUCAGAGAUUGAUUUCGGUAACGUUCUCUCCGAUUUUUUCACACUUCACCGAGACUUUCGCAGGCAUCUCGGUCAUCCGCGCUUUCGAAGUAAAGGACUUUUUUGUUAAAGAGUCGUGCAGGAAGCUCGAUGCAAGUAUUCAGUGCAGCUAUGCAGACCUCGCUGCUGAAAGAUGGUUGACCGUUCGACUGGAAAUCUGUGGUAGUUUGAUUCUCCUGUUUGCGUCACUGGUCAUGGUCUACUAUCAUGAGCAAUUUCAAGGACAUGGCGAAAAAGUCGGUUUGAUUCUCACCUACUCGCUCUCAGUUACCAUGAUGCUUAAUAGUAUCAUACGAACCAACUCGCAAAUGGAGAUUAGUCUGGUCUCCGUGGAACGCCUCCUCGAGUAUAUCAAUCUUCCAAGUGAGGCUCCGUGGAAAACAUUACAGCAAGACAUUCCUGCUGAAUGGCCUGAACAUGGUGGGAUCGCGUUUGAGAAUUACUCAACACGAUAUCGAGAAGGACUUCCUCUUGUCCUUAAGUCGAUAUCAAUCGUCAUUAAUCCUGGAGAAAAGGUUGGCAUCGUGGGCCGAACGGGAACAGGAAAAUCUUCAUUAGCUUUAGCGUUAUUUCGUGUACUCGAAGCAGCCAAAGGCAGAAUCGUGAUUGACAACAUCGACAUCGGCCUCAUUGGCCUUCAUGACCUGCGUCAUAGAUUAACAAUUAUCCCGCAAGAUCCUGUCUUGUUCCGAGGCUCACUGCGGCUCAACCUAGAUCCGCUUCGUUCGUUCAAUGAUAAGGAACUGUGGCGCGCGCUCGAGUUAGCGCACUCAAAAGAAUUUGUUGGCAAGCUUACCGCCAGUGACGGAUCAAAGGGUUUAAGCUACUUAGUGACAGAGGGUGGAGCAAACCUUUCGAUGGGGCAACGCCAGCUUCUGUGCCUCGCUCGAGCGUUGCUGCGGAAGAGUCGCAUCCUGGUCAUGGAUGAGGCCACGGCCGCUGUUGACCAGGCGACAGAUAAGCUUAUACAAGAGACAAUACGAAAAGAGUUCAAGCACUGCACCGUACUUACUAUUGCGCAUCGACUGAACACAAUUCUCGACUAUGAUAGAUAACAGAAAACUCCGGAAAGGACUGUGUGUGGAUCUUCACGGUAUAAAGUCGAGUGUUCUCGUACGGUUUCUCUAUUACGUCUCCCAAAGUAAAGUUUCAGCCGCGAUGGGCAAAUCCGAAUGUUAGUGGACAAUGCC